CGCUGCCCCUAUGGCUCCGCCUCUCGGGCUCAGAACUUGCACCGGGUGCCGGCUGUCGCCGCGGGAGCGUGAGUGCUGGGCGCAGGGCUGUAGGACGCAUUGUCGCCGCACAGACAACCCCCCUUUGUGAGUAGCAGACCAGCCUGGAGGCUGGGAGCAGAACGCCCACGCCUGCAUGCUGAGGAAGAUGGGUGAAGCCGUGGCCAGAGUUGCGAGGAAGGUCAACGAGACUGUGGAAAGCAGCUCAGAUACCCUGGACCUGGCUGACUGCAAGCUUGUUUCUUUUCCCAUCUGCAUCUACAAGGUCCUGAGGAACGUCUCUGACCAGAUCCACCUCAUCACGCUGGCUAACAAUGAACUCAAGUCCCUCACCAGCAAGUUCAUGACCACCUUCAAUCAGCUUCGAGAGCUACGCCUGGAGGGCAACUACCUCUAUCGCCUCCCCAACGAGGUCAGCAGCCUGCAGCACCUCAGGGCCAUCGACCUGUCCCGGAACCAGUUUCAAGACUUCCCAGAGCAGCUGACCACCUUGCCUGCACUGGAGACUAUCAAUCUGGAGGAGAACGAGAUAGUGGAUGUUCCGGUGGAGAAGCUGGCCGCCAUGCCUGCUCUGCGCGUCAUCAACCUGCGUCUCAACCCCCUGAGCGCCGAGGUGCGUGUGAUCGCCCCGCCGCUCAUCAAGUUUGAUAUGCUCAUGUCUCCAGAGGAUACACAGGCCCCUCCGCCUUAGGACACACUCUUUGUGCUCACCCAGCAAGGGACAAAGGAUACUGGCCUGCCAUCCUGAGAGGAGGGAGGCCCAUGGGAAGCCAAGCUUGGGGAGCAGGGUGGGUGGGCCAGGCAGCAUACAGAGGGAGGGGCACAGCUAAGCCAGGGUGGGUAGCUUAGCACUGUAGUGAGCCCUGGUGCUCCAGAGGGAGGAGGGAGGUGAGGCUAGAGUCUAGGCUCAAGGGCGCUCACCGCUGCUGUGCUGACUUGGGUAGGUGUCUUGCUCUCACUGAGCUUGGGUUACUUGGGAGGAGGAAGAAUCACAGCAAGAUUUCGCUGAGUAGAACCCCUCAGAGGUUCUGUCUCCACACCGUCGGACACCCUCCAAGCUUGCAGAUGAGCCUUGCUGGGCAUUCAACGGACCUUAUGAUUCGAAGCCUUGUUUCUAGUGUGAGAGCCAGUCACCAUCCUGAGAGGAAACCACCUCCGCCUAUUUAUUGCCUUCUGUAGACUGAACACAGUGACGCCCGUCAUGGUGCCAUGUCCUGGCCUUCAGGGUCCCUGGGCUGGUCAGAGCCUGAGCCAGGAGUUGGAAUGCCGAGACAUUGGUUGGACAUCUGGCCAGAGUACAGAGGGGCUGCUCCAGACGGCUCAUUCUUCCUUGUCCCAAGCAAGGCAUUGUGUGGAGGACUUUCUACACGCUCUGUUCUAUCCCUCCCUGAGAAUGGCCUGGUGCCGUGGUCAGGCAUAUUAUCUGCAGGGCCACCGGAGAGGCGGCCCAAAGAAGACAAAGCCAUCUGCAUGUGAUGACUGUGACCCAAGGUCCUGAGGUGACCUCCUUCACCAUGGCCUUCCUCUUGUGACCUCCCUUUGACGACAACCUGGUUGCCUUGUCCUGGUCCAGUACCACCAACCUCAAGACUAUCACCAUAAUGACCUGCCAUCUUGAUGACCUUUGCCUGUGGUUUGGGGACGGUGGGUAGGGGGAGUACCGGCUGUCUCAGUGUGCCCAGAACUGUGGCAUUUCCCAGGAGGUAGCUGGGCCCUUGCCCCCUAAUAAGGCCUGUGCUUGGGAAUAUCCCUGACUCCCUCAAUCUCCAUGUGUCUACCUCCUCACCUGAGCAGCAGUACUAUUAGCUGUCCCCGGGUCCUGGCUGGUCUACACCUUUGUGUAGGUCUGUGGAAGCCCCAGGACACAGGCAGGGCUAGGCCACUUUGUCUCCAACAUUUUGCCGUUUAGAACUCAGAACUAUUGUUGAGAGCAAAAACCCACCACAGAGUUUGUCCAGGUCCCUGUCUCUUCACAGUGUUCCUGGCUCUUGGUAAGCUUGCCAUGGGGCAUUGCUGGUAUCAUGGCUGUGCAUCCUAAUAGAAACCUUGCCCAUUCCGCUCUCAUCCCAAGGCCAGUCGGCCAGAUGAGGAGGUAGACAUGGGGCCCAAGCAGGGACUGGGUGCAGUCCAAACUGGACUGGUUCCUCCCUCCCACCCUGUGUCCCUGAGUUGGAGGUUUCACCUUGUCGAGGAAGAGGGAUGUAAGAGCCUAGCAACUCUAAGUGUUGAUAGGCUAAUACCAGCUUGCUGGAAGCCUCCAGGGGUGUACACCUGUGAUCCAGCACAUGGUGGGGGUGGCGGGGGGGUAAGACUGUAGGAUUGUGGGAGUGAGGCCAGCCUAUGCUAUGUAAUGAGAGCCUAUCUCAGCACAACAAAAGCAAACACAGUAAAAGAAGAAAAGAAGAAUGUCAGGCAUGGUGAUGCCCACUUAUCAUCUCAGCCCUCGGAAAGUAGGAGCAGAAAGGUCAGGAGUUCUAGGCCAACCUCGGCCUAGAGUAAAGUACCCUGGGGCUAUGUGAGACCCUAGAGUAAAGAACUCUGGAGAUAUGUGAGACCCCAUUUCAGUAAAGGGGAAACUAAAAUGCAGGGUCUCAGACCUCACGCUGGCCUUCUAAGCUAGAGUCAGUUCUUGUCCCAGCAAGAACGGAAGCUGAUCCUUCCAGGAAUUUCCUAUUUUGAGCAUCAGCAAAGGGUCUGAGCAACCUGGGCGUGUGUGCAGAGUGAAGGCUGUCCCUUCUCCUCUGCUUCUAUGAACUUGAGUAUGUGCUCAGGGGUCCCUCCGGCUCCCAAUUCAGCACCGGGAGACUCCUGCAUCUCAGAUCGGUUCCCCAUUUUUGUGUCUCUACGAUGGUGGAAUUAGUGAUCGCCAGGUGAUGGUUAGGCAUGCCCUGUCCUCCUACCCCACUUCUGGUUAUCCCUGCAUGCCAGGAAGUUGUUCUCUACGCUGCCUAGACAUUACGAUCUGGCCUGUCUGGGCAAGUGUGGGCAGUCAGAACCCUCCAGAUCCAGGCUCCCAGUGUGAAGAAGCCCCGCACUUCAGUCUGCAAUUAAAGAUGCUGUGCUAAUCUCA